AUGGCCGACAGCCAAGACCACCAGGCCGCUCGCCAGCCUUCGUCUCGUUCAUUGACGAGGCCCGGCACCGCUGGUUCUGCUUCUGUCCGCCCCUCGCUACGCCCCGCUCCCUCAUCCAACAGCAUGUACAAUGCCGGCGCCCCCGAGUCGGCAGAGCUUCUCCUUCCACCCAGCCGUUCUCGUCCGUCACGGCGCUUUCGCGACGACGACUCACCCAUGAGGUCGCCGAGCCAAAGUGGCUACAACUCUCGCCGCACGAGUUGGGGCUCCGAGUCGACAGGCAGCAGAGAUAGCCGCGCCGGUCCUUUUGCCUCCCCCUUUGACGACUCGCGCGCCCCCUCACGUGCCGGCAGCGACGACGAGGGCGUGAAUACCCAGACCGUCUCAGAGAAAUACAAUAUUCUGCCUUCUGCUGGCCUCCUCCUCUUCCCUGAAGAUGUCGANAAGGACGAUUACUUGCACAAUCCGGAUCCCAAUGAGAAAGAAGGCCGCAUAACGUGUUCCGACUUGUUCUCGAAACGUGGUAUCACCAACUUGGGUGGUCUUGUCCUGAUCACCUUGGGAGUCUUCAUGCUGUUUAUCGGGUAUCCCAUUAUGUAUNNUACAUUCGCCGUCAAAUACAACGAGCCAAAAGUCAACUCGUGCACUUCCGACCCCAUGUGCAUUAAGAGCGAUGUGCCUCUUUUGAAGAACGUACGCCACAGUCUUAUUGACCCUGCCACUCCCAGUUCGGUCAUGACGAGGAAAAGCGUCAACGGUAAAACCUUGAAGCUUGCGGUAUGUCGCAUCAAAUCGGGAUUCAAACGCCCUUUCGCUAAUUCCUGUCAANNGUUCUCCGAUGAGUUCGAAACCGACGGCCGUACUUUCUACGACGGCGAUGACCCGUACUUCCAGGGUGUUGACAUUUGGUACGGUGUCACACAGGAUCUCGAGGUUAGUUUGUCCAAAUAUGCCUGCCCCUGCCAGAAGCUGACAGUCGACAGNUGGUACGACCCCGACGCUAUCACCACCAAGGACGGUGUUCUUGAAAUCACUUUCGACGCUUUCCAGAACCACGGCCUCAACUACCGUUCAGGUAUGCUGCAAUCAUGGAACAAGCUUUGCUUCAAGGGCGGUUACCUAGAGGCCAGUAUUUCGCUUCCUGGCAGAGGUGACACGAUCGGUUUCUGGCCCGGUUUCUGGGCCAUGGGUAACCUUGGAAGACCUGGAUAUCGUGCCACGACCGACGGUACCUGGCCCUACAGUUACUCGGACGUCUGCGAUCCUGGUAUCACUGCUAACCAGUCUUCUCCUGAUGGCUUCAACUGGCUUCCUGGAAUGCGUCUUCCCGCUUGUACUUGUGAUGGUGAAGAACACCCUAGCCCUGGAAAGUCUCGCUACGUUGCCGAAAUCGACGCCAUCGAAGCCAGUGUGUCUUAUCUCGAUCCCCUUCACUACGACGCGGCUGUUGGAUCGGCCUCGCAGAGUUACCAGACUGCUCCUUUCGAUAUCUUCUGGCGUCCUAACACCGACUUCAUCGAAGUUUACGAUCCUACCAUCUCGGAGAUGAACUCUUACCAGGGUGGUGUCUACCAGCAAGCCCUCUCCACCGUCACUCUGUUGAACAACGACUGGUAUGACGGUAAGGCUUAUCAAGUGUACGCCUUCGAGUACGAGCCUGGUUCAGAUGGAUACGUUGCUUGGUAUGUUGGCUCAGAACCUACAUGGAAGAUGACUGCCGAUGCCGUUGGCCCCAACGGAAACGUUGGACAGAGAGUCAUGCCUGAGGAACCUAUGGCGCUUAUUGCCAACUUUGGUCUCUCGGCCAGUUUCGCGCAGCUCAACUGGACGGGUCUGGCCGAGCUUAUGCCUGGCAAGAUGAGAUUCGACUACAUCCGGAUUUACCAGGAUGAGGACGGUGAGAUGACGUGUGAUCCCGAUGGCUACCCAACGACGGAUUACAUCAAGAACCACUCGAAUGCAUACGAGAACCCCAACAUUACAAGUUGGGAGGAUGCAGGAUACGACUGGCCGCAGAACUCAUACGUCGACUCUUGCAAGAGCAGUCACUACAAGGGCCCGAACUAG